UGAGCAGAAUUGCACCACCAAGGCUCAAUCUAUUGCACCAUAUAAAAUGCUGUUUGAGUGUCUUCUAAAGCAUUGUCAGCAAUCCAGGACAGGAGAGAGGGUCCUAUAUGCCCAAGUCAUCCCUUUGCAAGCAAGUUAGCGAGGAAUUUUGGAAAGAACCCAACAUGGUACUCAAGAAGGGAAGGUGCGGCCUCAACAGUGGCGCUACCAUUCGUAUGGCGGGCUUCAGCAAACUCCGAUCCCGCCUCGCGGCAGAACAACAUUGUAUCAUCAUCUCGAAGACUGCAGCAAAGAAGCCAGACGUCCAAAUUAAACAUAAAAGAGUAAUCAACUUGCAGGAUGAUGUUGAUAUUGAUGACGGGAACUUGGAGCCCCACACUCCACAUGUGGAUAUGUAUACUGUAAAUAAACGCAAGAGGUGGACAAUUGCUGAUGCGGUUGAAGAUUACAUUGAGGAUCAUGCUGAAGAUGCAUCGCGUGUAGUGUUGGUCAAAAGAGAGGCUAUGACUUCAUGCAUCAAACAGGCCACGUACGGAUUCCGGCCGGCCGGAUUGCUGGUGAAACAGACUGACUGUACAUCGCGUCAUGACAGCAAGGCAGUCGUCAGGCAUUCCUUUCCACGCUAUCCAAACCGCGCUUCCUCAGCAACAGACCUAAAGGAGAAGGCGUUCCAGUAUGACACAGAUGCUCUACGGAAGGAGGUCAAGUUCCCGAAGCGUACCAUUCAUAACCAGCAUGCUAGAGGAGUACAGCGAUCAAUUCAUCACCCAAAAGAAGGCUACAGUUUUGCGAAGAAAACUGCGAUAAAAGAGCACUUGGAGAACUGGAAGAAGGAAAACAUCACAUCGAAGGUUGAAGACGAGUUUGACACCAUCGAGUACGAGGUAAUGGAGCCGAAGGAAGCAUCGGUUGUGCAGCAUAAUUGGUUACAUCAAAAUGCCUGGUCAAACAAUCGAGAUUAUACACUAGUUAACUGUGUGCGGAACAAAUCAGCAAAACACAGAGCAGAACUACGAAGACUUGCUGAAUAUCAAGAGGAGUCGUUGCAUAUUCCCAGUUGCCGUGAUACUGAUGACAAAUAUGGGACCACGUAUUUGGCAGAGGACGAUUGGGAAGAUGAUUGGUGUGAUAAUGACUAUGUUGACGAGGAGGACUACAUGUAUCUUUCAAGGUCCAGCCCUUGCCGAACGAUCGGGGAUGAGUUAUUCGAUCUCAUCUCGGAUGUUGAACAAAAACAAAGAUCUGAGUGUGAAAUGGAAGAUUUGCUACCUCCUUGUGAUGUUGUGAUGGACGAUGAUGAGGCAGUCCCUGCAACUGGGAAUGGUGCUUUAGGAGAUCUGAAAGCAUGCACUUCCGGACAUCCGAAUUCCCUGAUGGGAGUCCCAACGAGGUGGUAUCCGAAGGGAAAAGUUGUGUAUCAACAAGAGAAGGAGAGCUCUGUUUCCGGGGAUAGUGACGACUCCGGUGUGAGUCUCGGGUCAAAUUUAAGUUUGGAAUCUCUGCAGGAGGAAGAAACUGAAAAGAAGGUGGCGGACACACCUGUCGAUUAUUUGGCAUAUCAACCACCAAAAUUCGUGAGCUGUUCUAUUCCAUUUUUAGACAUUCAACCAACGUCAUUAUCUGAAAGAUAUGGCGAGCGCUUUAUGGAAGGGGAGAGCCUACCCAGGAAGUUCUCUAUUCAGAUUCCUGGUCCAACACUUGGGGAAAAUUCAGCGGAGAUUUUUGUUCUGUUUGAGGAACCAGAUGAUUCUCAUUGUGCUAUGGGAUUCGACACAUGUAGCGAGCUGGGUGAACUUUUUACAAAAGUAAACUUUCAUGUCGUAGGAAAUUUUGGGGAGUCUGCAAAGUUGAGCAUCAACGAGGAAUUGUUUGAAGCAUUUGGAGAGGAGAAGCAGACGUCGAUUGCAGAUGUCAUUGACAAUGUUGUUGAUAUUUUGCAAAGGCUUCCUGUUGAUAGCUUUCCAACACACAAGUUGACAAAGCCAAAGGCCGGCUCAGAAAUAUGUAGAUUCCAUACGCUCAGUGCUGUCAACAGAUGGAAACAUGAGAUCCUAGAUCCAGACGCUGCAUUCGAAAUCAUAGACAAACGCACUGCCUCUUUAACAGAGUCUUCCAAGGAACUAGUCAAUUUGGAACUAGUUGAUGUUGACGUCUGUGGCGUCUGCUAUGAACCAGUCAAUGGAGAUGGUGCUGUUCCUGCCACGACCUUGAAGACUUGUUUACAUGCAUUCUGUAACGACUGCUGGGUGAAUCAUCUUGUGUCCCGUGUCAGGCAGGGUGAUGUUCGUCUUACUUGCCCUGGAUUCAAGUGUAAAGUAUUGGUCGAUCAUAUGACGCUGAUGUCUCUUCUUCCCUGGGAUGUAUUCAAACUGCAUAUCCAACAUGUGCGUGAUGCAUUUAUCGAGCGCAGUGGCGACCUAAGUUGGUGUCCACGGGAAAAGUGCGACCAGAUCGUCGUGAGCAAAUCGGCGAAGAAAGACCAGGGUCAGAACGUUGCGUGCCGCUGUGGAGAAGUGUGGUGCUUCAACUGUCAGCAGCGCCCUCAUUGGCCAGCGACAUGUAAGCAGGCGGCGGAGUAUUCUAGACAAUUACACAAAAACGGUGAUGACAAGGCCGAACUGGAUCCUGUCCACAAAAUUGAGGGUAAACGGUGUCCUCAUUGCUCUCAUCCCAUUGAGAAGAACGGUGGGUGUCCGUACAUGUUCUGCAGCAGGUGUAACCAUUCCUUUUGCUGGACCUGUGGGAAGGAAUUCGGACCAAGGCACUGGCCUUGUUCAGAGGUUCCAAAUGAGACAUUCAAUUUGAUCGACCACUUCCCUGGGAGGAAACGUUUCUAUGUUUUGGCCACAAUGACAAGAUCAAAACGUGUACGACAAGCUAGCCUAUGCAGGGUAACCUCUUCCAAGAAGACAAGGUUGGAAUCAAGUUACCAAGUCAUGAGGAAGUUCAGAAAGACGGCGAUUCACUCCGAGACCAGAGCACUUUGGAAUGAGCUCAACUACACUAUUGAAUAUUCCUACGUUGUCAUGUACUUUGCCAACCGACGUGUGAGGAGUCGUACGAUCGCUGGAAGUCUGUCAAUGAUCGACAACAUCAUGGAAGAGCUUAAAGAUCUGGUCACUCUUUACGCAUGUAGACAAUGCAACUCCAAGGAAUACGCCAAGAGACUGGAAGGAAUCAAAAACCGUGGAACGAUAAUGAUGAGGCAUCUGAGGCUACGACUAGGGAAUCAACAAGCACUCAUUGCCGGGCAACACACAAGUUAAAGAGGUAACAGGUUACACAUAGGUUUGUCUACUACAAAUACAUGUACAACAAACGCAACACUGUUAGAUUGAUAGACUUUGUAGCAUCUGACAGGGUUAAUACGGCUGCGGAACCUACAGACAAUCCUAAAAAUCAAAAGACCGCUACUAAAUUAUUUAGCGAAGUUUAUAUUAUGCAUACAAAUUUGCUGAAACUUCUUAUGUAAAGUAUUUGUAUGUCUGUGUACACAAUGGCAUUGCUAAAAUUUAUAUAUAGUACUUAUUCAAUUAGUUAAAAAAUUUCAAAUUCAAUCACAAAUUUCAAAUUUUUAACAAAAGGCGUAGGCCUUUAUAGGCCUACGCUGUUCUUUAAAAAUUUCGAAUUUUUCAUUGUCUAAAUGCGAAAAUACAUACUAAAUAUAAAUUUCAACAUUGCCGUUGUGUAGACUGAUAUACCAAUACUAUGAAUACCAAGUUUAAACAAAUUCGUAUUCACAAUAACUGCACUACGGCAUUGUGUAUUAGUGGAUUUCUAUUCAACUAGACCACAAGUAAUUACGAACAGUGUACCCCUUUAACACCCUUUGAUCACUUAUACACAGUAUUGAUCCUCAACAAAAUUAUAUUCUUUACAAAAUGUAAAAAAAGGGCAGUAGUUGUGUAUAAUUUGGGUAUGUCUAAAGAAGAUAGACACAGUUAUAUCAGUAUACGGUAAAAAAGGUACAGGAAAAAGGUCUGGAAAAAAAUGGUACACAAAAUGGCAUAAAUAGGUAAAAAAGUACACAAUUCUUUUUUAGAAUAUUAUUCUCUUCAAAUGGUUCAGACUCGGCCUAUGUCUUAAUCUUUUCUUGCCCAUUUUUCUUCUUCUGUGACUAAGUUGGUGCCUUAAAAUAGUUUAAUACAUUGCGGACAAUCAUGUUACGGAAUGAAUUUGAGGAAAAUUCAUGGAAGAAGUUGCCCAACAGGGGAGCUGACGUUGUAUCAUGUUAGUGACUGUGUUAAAAAACAGAAAAGAACUCUUUUCAAUACUGUGCAAUAUUUUUGUGAUAGUAAUUUAAUAAA